AAAACAAAAAAAUCUAGACACUCAGUUGAUUGAUUUGAUAUACAGGGACCUUAUACGAUCAAGGGAAUUUGUCUCGACAAAUCCGAUGACCAUCUCCAGAGAUACACAAAUGAACAAUUUGAGAACUUACAGAGCUUAAGGUUCCUUAAAUUAAGGCGGGCGGCUCUAAGUGGAGACUUUAACAGAUUGUUUUCUGAAUUAAGAUGGCUUCAGUGGUUUGGCAUUGAACCCAAUCUGUCUUUUUCGACAAAGAAUUUGCAUCUACCGAAAUUAGUGGUGAUGCAGUUGUCAAACAACGAGAUCACAGAACUUUGGGGAGGAUGGAGUUCAAUCAUGUUGGCAAAGCGGCUGAAAGUUCUUGACCUUACAUGUUGCAAAUAUUUAAGCCGUACUCCUAAUCUCUCGGCUUUCACAAAGUUGGAGAUACUCAUCUUGAAACAUUGUGAUAAACUAGAGCAAGUCGACCCUUCUAUUGGUGAAGUCAAGAGCCUCAUUUUCUUGGACUUGAGUGACUGUGGCAGUCUCAAGGAGCUACCAGGAGAAGUGGGCGAAUUAGUAAAACUAAAAGAACUUAUUUUAGAUUCUACCGGUAUUAUUGAGAUUCCUACAUCGAUUGGUUCUUUGAGGAAGUUGGAGAAACUGAGUGCUAGGGGUUGUCGGUCAUUGAUAGAAGUCCCAAGUGAAAUCGGUGACUUAUCUUCGCUCAAGAUUCUUGAAAUCAGUAGCGCACCGUUAUCUGACCUACCGGGAAGCAUCUCGCGUCUUUCUUCUCUCCAACACCUUAAGCUACAGGACUGUCACAAGCUCCAGUGGUUGCCAGAGCUUCCUUCAGGCUUAACAUAUCUUAUGGUCUCUCAUCAUUGUCCCAGGUUGCCGCAAGAUUUUUGCCUAAUCCCCCAAGAAGAACUUGGUCUUGAGGGAUGUGAUCUACUUGAAUAUAUCCCGGAGCUUCCCUCAUUGUCCUUGAAACUUUGUGUUGUCUCCUGUCAUAAGCUGAUAUUGCCAAUGCUCAACAUAUUCGAGCACUUGGAAGAGUUGUCAAUAGAAAGCUGCAGUUCCAUUGAAAGAUUGGACCUUUCACAAUUAAAUCGUCUGAAACGAUUACGUGCUAAGUAUUGCUAUAAUCUAGUUGAAAUUCAGGGUCAUGAUCAUUUGGAGUUCUUGGAGGAGAUUGUUAUAUAUCAUUGCAGGUCCAUUAAUAGACUGAUCCUUCCAGAAUUACAGUGUUUGAAGCAAUUAAAGGCCAACUCUUGCAACAAUCUAAUCGAAAUUCAAGGUCUUGAAAGGGCGAAGUUCUUAGAGGCAUUGCAUAUCUCUGAUUGUAGGUCCAUUGUAAAAUUACCUGAACUAUCAUGCUUUGCAACCCUGAAAGAGUUGAACAUCAAUGACUGUGGCAAUCUACUUGGUGUUGAGACCCUGGAGAGAUUCUUGUCUUGUCGAAGCAUGUACAUAACGGGGUGCAAAUCCCUAGAAAAACUACCAAACCUGUCGAAAUUUAAAAAUUUGGAAAAAUUCACAAUGAGGUAUUCUCUUGGUGUUACAGAAAUUCCUGGGAUUGAGGAAUCAAGAUCUCUAACAUACAUAGAUAUCACAGGAUGCGACUCAAUGGAGACUUUGCCAGAUUUGUCGGGAUGUCACAAGUUACUAUAUCUAGUGGUAAGAGACUGCAAGAAACUUACUCAGAUUCGGGGACUUGAAAAGUUGGAUUUAAUUUAUUUGGAUAUUUCUGGGUGUGACUCAUUGGAGAUACCGCAAUUACCUGGAACAAGCGUCUUUAGACAAUGUGAAGGAUGUCAAUAUGAACUUUUCUAUGAAAAGAUAAUUCUCUGUGAAAUGAUUAUGUUGCGGUAAUGAUGACGUGAUAAUUCUUAUACCCAUAUUGAGACAGUGAGACAAGUCAUGUUUCCUUAA